ACUUCCGCCUCCCCCCGAGUGCCGCCGAUCUCUCCCGAACGGGUCAAUGUCUGAGGAGCGGAGGCAUCGGAAAAAUCUGUGGCCUGCGGUGUGCUGUUCCCGUAUCCAAGAAUCGACUUCGUUAAAAGAACAUUUCGGAAAACUCCCGACCUAAGAAAAACGCCAGCAUCUAUCGGGUGAAUCGGUGUCACCGGAACCCCUCCCCCGCGACUAACGCCCCGACCGGGAGAUUCCCCCCCCCCCUCGAGUCCGGUAGUGCAGUGAAAUCCCCCGUGUGUGUCAAACCAAAAAGUGACUAAAAAAUUGCCGACACCUUUUUUCAACCGACGAGCUCCCGUUGGAGCUGAAAACAGCGGAUUCGUGAGGUUCGCGACGCCGCCCACACGUCGUCAACGCCGUGAGGCCGUUCCGUCGCCCCCGCGGGAAAAUGGUGUGCGCAAUGUACACUGCAGCCACAUCUCCACGGAGCCAAGACUAAACCCCUCGAAAUUAUCAACCUCCAUCGAACAUUUCCGACUUCCCCAGCGCCCGGUGCACCCGCAAAUCUCGAAAAAAAAAACGAGUCAUCCCCAUCGGCCGGAGACAGUGCCCCGAGUAUUCCUGUCAUUCCCAAAAAUUCUGAACAAUAAAUUCCGGAGUUACAUGGAGAACAGAGAGAUCGUCGACUGGUGGUGUGCUAUAUAAUCCGUCGUGUCGUUUUGCCCGUGCGCGCCUCGUGUUACUACUGGCCGUUCUGAAAACGUCGGGCUCAACUCCUCAUUUUUUUCUCUCACACACUCGAAAAAAAAAAAACCCCCCGAAAAAGUGAAGAAAUUUUCUAUUUCUCGGCUGAUCAAGUUAUCGAGAGUGUUCCCCACCCCCCCGAGUGGUGUCGAGUUUGGUGAUCAGGUGAAUGAGUGCAAGUGCGUGGUAAUUGGUAAUUGGUACGAGUGGUGGGUGAGGAGAGGGCGCAGGAUUAAACCGUAAAGACGGCAGCCACGACGACGAGGAAGAAGCGGGACGCAUCAUUGCCCCGUCAACAUCGAGGGGCAGAAUUGUUGAUAAGUGGAGUUACCUGGAGGAUAGGAUUACCCGCGGGUGAGGGGCCAGGGGGGAGAGGCUCCAGGGCCAUAGGAGAACGUUUUAUCUGAGGGAUUUUUUUUUUUUCUCACGGGGGGAUUUAUUUCGGGGGAUUUUAAUUACCGACCGAGUCUGAGCGUGCAAGAGGCGUUAAUUGAGACAUUGGAGCGAUGUGAUAUUGGUUGUCAUUGAUGUUCGUGACGUUUAUCACUGGGAGAGUGCACAGUUUAUAGUUUUGGAGGGAGGAGGGAGAGGUGUUGCGUUUUGGUGAGGAUCCAGGGGCUUUCGGAGCGAAUUUUCCGGGCUUUUUGGGGGGCUAGAGGGGACUUUUUUGGGGACUUUGGGGGUCAGUGUGAGGGGAGGAAUCGAGGUGGUGGCGGCUCAGGUGCCGGCUAAGGUGGAGGUGGCUGGCGAUUUAUCAUGAGCGGCCGUCCGAGGACCACUUCGUUUGCCGAGGGCACCAAGCCCCCCGCUAAUCCGCCCCUGGGUGGCAUGAAGAUCAGCAGUGGUACCAUGUACACUGCAGGUAGGGAUGGGAGCAAAGUGACAACGGUAGUGGCCACACCUGGUGCUAGGCCAGAUCAUCCACAGGAGGUUGCCUAUACCGAUACUAAGGUCAUUGGCAAUGGCAGCUUCGGGGUUGUUUACCAGGCCAAACUGUGCGACACUGGCGAGAUGGUGGCAAUCAAAAAAGUUCUUCAGGAUAAGAGGUUCAAGAAUAGAGAACUCCAAAUAAUGCGACGACUUGAGCAUUGUAACAUCGUAAAACUCAAAUACUUCUUCUACUCGAGCGGUGAUAAGAAGGAUGAAGUCUAUCUCAAUCUCGUGCUGGAAUACAUACCUGAGACUGUGUACAAAGUUGCACGGCACUACAGCAAGAGCAAGCAAACGAUACCGAUGAGCUUCAUCAAAUUAUACAUGUACCAACUGUUCCGUUCUCUGGCAUACAUUCAUUCGCUGGGCAUCUGUCACAGGGACAUUAAACCCCAGAAUCUUUUACUCGAUCCAGAGACUGGGGUUUUGAAGCUCUGUGACUUUGGAUCAGCCAAGCAUCUCAUUCGUGGUGAACCAAAUGUAUCUUACAUAUGCAGUCGCUAUUAUCGGGCACCUGAAUUAAUCUUCGGGGCUAUCGAUUACACCACCAAAAUUGAUGUGUGGAGCGCCGGUUGUGUAUUGGCUGAGCUGUUACUCGGUCAGCCGAUAUUCCCUGGUGACAGUGGGGUCGAUCAGCUUGUUGAAAUCAUCAAAGUACUCGGUACACCGACACGUGAUCAGAUCAGGGAAAUGAAUCCUAAUUAUACGGAGUUCAAAUUUCCACAGAUCAAGUCACAUCCCUGGCAAAAGGUAUUUCGUGCCCGAACACCCCCAGAAGCAAUGGAGCUUGUAGCCCGCCUCCUGGAAUACACUCCACCCCUGCGAAUAACACCCCUGGCAGCCUGUGCCCACCCAUUCUUCAACGAGCUACGAGAACAAGGCACCCUCCUGCCAAGUGGACGUGAACUACCUCCACUCUUUAACUUCACUGAACACGAGUUACGUAUCCAACCAAAUUUAAAUUCAAUUUUAAUCCCAAAAUACAUGCAAACAGCGGAGACAACAACUGAGGGACAAUCGACAGCAGAGCCAACGAGUACAGCUGCUGGUGGUAGUGGUAAUACAACUGAUAGUAACGUUAAUACGACAUCGCCCUCCGUCACACAAAAUACCGAUCCUAAUCAAUCGACCAUGGCCUAAGCAGGCCGCAAUGAAAGCAAAAAGAUAAACCAACAAUUUAAUUUACUUCAUUUCGAUGAAUUAAUCCCAAUAAAGAGCAAGAGAAUUCAUCAUUUUGCAUCGAGAAUGCCCCAUUGUAAAUUGAACUCAACUCCCUAGAUCAAUGCCAGCUGCGAUUAAAUUGAGUCGAUAACUGUGUAAUCGAGAUGAUAUUUAAAAAAAACCUCCUAAUGAACUAGGAAUAGCGGUCGGGACAGCAAUCGAUCAGUUUCGCCUCCAAUUACCCCAACAGACUCAAUAUCAGCACUUGAUCGAAGGGUUGAAUUCAGUGUAUAUAAUAGAAAGAACAGGUUCGUUCUGGAGGCCUCUGAUGGUUAUAUUAUCCUAAGGAAUCUUGGUUAAAGAUGUAACGUAAAAAAUUUAAUGAAAAAAAAACAAAACAACAUGUGUGGUAGCGAGUUAGAAUUCGCUUGCAUCGUCUUUUUAUCGAAUUUAGCUUCUUGAACGGGUGCUGGACGUUUUGAUUACUGGAACGCGUGGGCCAUCGAGAUUAUUCGGGGGAGACUACUGUGAGUUUAAAGUCCCGGAUAAAAACGAUGAACGAGUGCGAAAAAUUGAUUAAAAUGUAGAAAAACGAUUACAAAUUUUUUUUAUUCGACUUCAAACAGCCAAUUUCAUUUUUGUUAAGUGAAAAACAAAUUCACUAAAUGAAAAAAUUCACUAAAAAUAUUUAUAAUAUUGUUCAUUUGUUUCAGACAGCAUAAAAUCGAGAAAUAGGGAAAAGUGAUUCGUAAUUGUUAUUCUACACAUUGUUUGGAAAUUGAAAAAAAUCUAGUUCAAAAAUUGAGGGCACGGAAUUAUUAUUUUUUGCACAUUCUUCGUUGUUAUAAAUAUUUAAAAGUCAUGGCAGUCUCCUCUUAAAUAUAAUCCUUCAUCAAUCGAUUAAACGUCCCCAGGGCAUUGAUGUGCUGUUCCACAAACGUUCAAAUCGCUAUUAAUACUUUGUUAUAGUCGAGUGUAUUAUUAUUAAUUAUUAUUUUAUUAUGAUUUAUUUUUCUUCUCUUGUAAUAAAUGUGAGAAUCUAGAGGUCGCGAUUAUUUUUCUAAUUGUCCAGUGUUUUAUGUUUAAUCCACGUAAAACGUUUUUUUUUUGUUGUAAUGUGAAAGGUUGAUGAAACUUGGGGGAUAAUUAAUUUUCGAAGAAAAUAAAAACAAAGACGUCGUACCUAGAUUAAUGCUCCAUUGGCCUUUUAUAUAUAGUAAAAGAAUCAUUAAAUCGAACUAUUAAAGAGUUAAUAAUAAUGCGUUUAGAGUUGUCGUAUGAAAAUCCAAUGAAAAUUAUUUAAGUGAAAACGAGAUGAUUAUUUUACUGACUGAGAUAGGAUGUACACAGUGGGUAGCAUAUUUGUGCGAUAUCAUUGCCUCGCAUAAUUGUUAUAUUUUUUUCUCCAUUUUUUUCAAUUUCUGGACGUAUAUAAGGGGCUGUUGUGGAGAACAGCAGGAAAUUAGAUCGAUUUAAAUAAAAUGCCUUUAACAUUAAUUAUUUGUAUAUUUAAAUAUUAAUUAUUGACGAGAAAUUUAAUGGUAAUAACACCAGUUGUAAGUUUAUAAGCGAUUUUAUUUUUUCUCUCUCUCCAUUUCUCUCUUUUUUUUUCGUAGGAAGCUUUAAUUCAUGAAAUCAAAUCCCUCAUCAAUUUGCAAUAUUUUCUCGGUGUCUCGUUGUUUUUUUGGUCAUUUCGAUUGAACAAUCUGGCACAUCAUUCACACAUAUCAUCUAUUUUUCGAGGUAGAGUUGAAUUUACCGGAAUUGGAGAUGUUUUCUUUUGUUUUAGGACUCAUGUGAAUAUUUAUCACUGAUAAUAAAUCUUCGAAAAUAUGUUUUUUAGUUUAUCUUUUAUUUUUUUGGCUUUAAUUGUCUGUUUUCUUCAUCUUUUUAGACGAAUUUUUGGGUUUUUUGGGUGAACUUGUACAACGGUUUGACCUGAGAGAUAAAAGGACGAUGCAAUUACGUAAAUUAGGUGAAGAAAUUGAAAUUCUGUACAGAUUAAAGAUUUGAUGGAGGCUAUGCUGCGACACCAUCCACAUCCCAAUUCUACAUUUGUCCGUUGCUAGUGGAGUUUGAAGAUAUGAGGGGUGAAGGGGGGUAACGAGGGGUGAUAUUCCCUGGGAAUAUUUGGAUAUUCAAGAGAGAGAGAUAACGAAAUUUUUGAAGAGACCUUUUUUGCAGAGCGCAAUUAGAGCUGCAAAAGGGGUAUCUCAAAGGUAGGUAAGAAAGUGGGUUGAUUUUAUGUAGGUUCCGAGAUAUUUUUUGAAAACUAAAUUCACAAGUGAAUUGAUCCUCUUGUUUUGCCACUUCACUGCUGAUGAUUGUUGUGCCCAGAAGAUGGUCGGAUGAACAGCAGAUUUUAAUGAUAUUCUCUAUGAAAAGAAUUACGUUGCGUCUUGCACCCUGACACGCAAUAAAAAUGACACCGGGGUGUUCCAUGUACGUAGAAUGGACGAGAGAACUAGACCUGGACCUCGGAAAAUGUUUGAAAGAAUUCAGAGAACCACUCGAUUUUUUUCACCUCAUCAACAUUAACUUAUCUCAAUAACGAGGGGUUUUACGAGAAAAUGUCCCUGAACAUUUUUUGUAGCUGAUGAAAUUCUCCACAAAAAAUCUCUUUUGACAUUUUCUUCUAAACUCACUCGUUCUCAAGAAAUGAACACUUUAUAAAGAGAAAGAAUUGUUAUUCCUUCGCGUGGAAUUAGUGUAAUGUUUCCAGUCAGAGUGCAAGACUCCUAACAACCCUUUAAUUUCAAUAAACCGUAUCUUCCUCAAAGUACUAAAACCAUUUGACAUAUUACCCCACGGGCACUCGCUUUCACUAUAAAGAAGAAUCCAAAAAACCCCCAAUUUCCGAAGAAAUGGAUGAAUGCUUCGUUUCCCCCAGAAAAAAAAUUUAUCGGAGAGCGUUUUUACACACUUCUAGAGAGCAAUGUAAUUCGAGAAACAGCACGCUUUCAUAGUUUUCACUUUUUCAUAAAUCCAAAAAGCUAGAGAAUAUUAAAAAAAUAUAUAUAAAGCGUUGUAUUAAAGAGAAAAAAAAAAAUAUUGAUACGAAAAAUUGUUUAUACGGUACAUCUCAAUCAUGUACAUUCGGCGAUUGUGCCUGUUGCAAACGCGUUGAUUAAAAUACUCGAAGUGAAACAUUCAGUUUGAGGAGAAAAUUUUUUAAUUUGCAUGACGACGUUUGUCGUUCGUAUGAUCGCAAUGCAGAAUGCGUAAAUGCUCAUUAUCGAUCGUAAUUAGUGAGCAAGGUCCACUGGAGAAGACAUUCAGAUUGAUUCGAAUGGACAUCUGAAUCCAGAAAUUCAAAUUAUGAAAUUGUCAGGUAGAAGAGAGAAGCUCAUACGCAAUUGUGCGCUUUCUAAUGCAGUGGCUUUCCCUCUAAAAUUAAAAAGGAAAAAGUAAAUUAAAAUUGUCAUUCCCAUGAGGUGUCGAGUCUCGUGAUGUCAUUAAGAAACAUUCAUCGGUGGAGGGGGGGAUGAGGUGAUCUAAUUUUACUUGAAGAAUUAUUUUUGUUGAGUGUCUUAAAAUUUCAUGGAGAUUGCAAAAUAUCUAGGAUUUUUUUGAAGAGAAGAAUUACAGUUGUCAGAAUGCAUUUUUUUCUCAUUAUGAAGCCUGAAAAAAUAUCUUUGAAAUGAGCCCUGACUCAUUCGAAUCGAAAGAACAAGAAUUCUCUGUCGAAAAAAGCCGGAAAAAUAUGAAAGAUGACUUAAAAAAUUUGUUCAUUUUUGCAGAAACUGGAAGAAGUGACUUGAGGGACGAUUUGGAGACGAUAAAUAAUUCUAAGAAAUGUUUAAAAACACGAGGUGGGAUGCCGCCAUCUUUGAAGCCCCUCGCGACAGUGGGAAGGGGUAUCCAAGCAAGAUGGCGGCGCACAGACCUACCACCUCGUGUUUUUCAACAUUUUUUAAAAUUAUUUAUCCUCUUCAGAUCACCUCCAACUCCUGCAAUCCUGUUCUAGAGGAGGAAUAAUUUUUUUAAGUCAUCCUUCAGAUUUUUUCAUCACUUUUUGGCUGAGAAUUCAGGGCACAAAGUUGUCCCGCAUUUCGGCCAUUUUAUCGCACUUUUUGAAAAGGUUUUUUCCGAGAUAAGUUUAUUGAAAAAAAUCUUAAACUCCAAAAAUUUUCAUGAAGAUCAUUUGCAGCUCUAAUUAUUCAUAAAAAAAUCCUAAAAAAUUCUAUAUCUCUCAGAGAUAUUCUUCGAAAACGACUCCUCAAGUGAAAUAGACUCUUCUCAUUGACCCCUCCCCCCUCAAUCAUCUAAUCCUCACCCCCCGACAACUAAACUAAAGAAAAAAAAAAAUAGUAUAAUUAAAAGCCCUCGAAGAGGCGCCCCUGAAACCAAGUGCGAGUCGACACUAAAAAGCUCGUGUCAGAGAGAUAAAUUUCAGUGUAAAACCUCGUAACGUUGAUUUGUCAAUGUACUAUACUAGGAAAAAUUGUUUAAUACAUUGCACUGCACUGUCAUUAUGGCGCAGACUACAAUGAUAUAAAAAAAAAAUUUGAUUAAGAAGAGAUAAUGAAAACGAAGCGAUGUGAAACACUAGACGUAUAAUGAUACUAUCAGUAAAAACUUAAGUCUAUGGAGAAGAAAUAAACUACAGAAUUCAUUUUAUUUCCUUUCGCUGGUGCAUAAAAAAAUUAAAAUGGGAUAACUGAGUGUAAACGAGGAUUUUUGUGGAUGUGUGAGUGGUACUAGAUGCGUUGUAUGAUGAAGAUCGUUUCAGUUAAGAGAGAAACAAAGAGAAGAAUCUAAAAAAUCAUGAGAACGUGGGGAUUAAGUGGACGGAGAAAUUAAAUUAAAUUAAAUAAAUGAAUGAAGAAGCGUAUACAUACAUAUAUGUAUGUAAUAUAUGAUAAAUUGAAAGAAACAUGUAUAUGAAUAUGUAUAUGUAUGUAUAAUUAUAUGAAUUACACAUUAUACGAUAAUUGUAGCAAUUAUAUCAUCAUAUUAUAAAUGUAUUGACACGAGAGUUGGCCGUUCUACGAUAACAAGAUGAAUAUGAAAAUCGAGUCUCGGACGAGCCAUAUUAUACUACUGUACAUUUUUGUGGUUUAUUUAACAAUAAAAACAUUAACAAUUAA